GUUCAGUCGUCGGCAGGGCAAGGCAGGGUCAUCGACAGAAAGCUAACCGCAGAGGUCCUGCCGCGACAAAAGACGUGUUUUCGUCGGCUUUCCAAGACUCCUGCCGUGAGAUGACGCCCUCCCUGGCCGCGCUGGCCGCCCUGGCCGUCGUCCUGGCCGUGACGGCGCUGCCCCCGAGUCGCGCCGCGCACAUCGCCGCGCCGGAGUCCAACUCCGUGACGGCAUUCUUGGAGACGGACGACGACUACCCGCUCCCUGAAGACCUCAUUGUCGGCACGGGGUCGUCCUCGUAUCAGGUGGAAGGAGCCUGGAACGUUGACGGCAAGGGAGAGAGCGUGUUCGACUACUUCUACCACAACAGGAAUAAGGGUUCCCAGAACGCCGACGAUGGCUGCGACUCGUACCACAAGUACAAGGAGGACGUGAAGGCGGUCAAGGCCUUGAAGAUGCAGAUGUACCGCUUCUCCUUGUCGUGGUCGCGCAUCAUGCCGGACGGCACUCUCGCCAGCCUCAACCAGGCCGGGGUUGACUACUACAACAACUUGAUCAACGAGCUGAUCGCCAACGGCAUCGAACCAUUCAUAACUUUAUACCACUUCGACCACCCUCAAGUCCUGGAGACUCAGUUCGGCGGCUGGACGAGCCCCAAGAUGAUUGACCUCUUCGUCGAAUUCUCCCGGUUCGCUUUCAAGACGUUCGGAGACAGGGUCAAGUACUGGGUCACGCUCAACGAGCCCCACAUGCACUGCAACAUCGUCUACGACAGCGCCACCAUCGCCCCCGCCAUCAAGAGCCCCGGGAUCAAGCAGUACCAGUGCAUCCACAACGAGCUCGUGGCCCACGCCAAGGUGUACCGUCUGUACAAGUCCGACUUCAACAGGGCUGAUGGGCUGAUCGGCAUGACAGUGGAGACCUUCUUCGCGUCACCCACCGACACUCAGUACGAGAACAUCCAGGCGGCCGAGCGCUACAACCUGUUCGAGAUGGGCAUCCAGGCGGACCCCAUCAUCUUCGGCGACUACCCGGCCCUCGUCAAGGACAUGGUGGCCGCGGCCAGCAAGGCCCAGGGCUACAAGGAGUCCCGGCUGCCUCCCCUGACUGCCGACGAGCAGGCCCUGCUCAAAGGAUCCACCGACUUCAUCGGCCUGAACGCGUACUACGGCAGGUCCGUGAUCAGCGGCGUCGACCCGAUGGCGGCGGAGACUUCCCCGUGGAGGGACGCGCACGUCGUGGUGACGGGCCCCGGCUUCGCCUCCGGCUUCAGCAUGAGCAUGCCCUGGGCGUUCCGCGGCGCGCUCCUCUGGCUGAAGGAGCGCUACGGCAACCAGCCCAUUUUCGUCACCGAGAACGGCGUCGCCACCACGCCGGAGGUGGGCGACCAUGACAUCGCCCGUGCCGCCUACCACAGUGACUACAUUCGCACGCUGGUGGACGCCGUGAGGAACGACGGCUGCAAGGUCAUCGGCAUGACGGCCUGGAGUCUGCUGGACGGCUUCGAGUGGGGAUCCAACCGCAUGAUGGGCAUGGUGAGCGUCGACCUCUCUAAGCCCGAGAAGCCCCGCAAGCUCAAGGACUCCUCCGCCUUCUACGUGAAGAUGAUGACGGAGAGGAAGGUGCCUUUGGUGAAGAUUCCGGACAGCACCACCGCCGCCCCCGUCACCAAACCCACCACCCAGCCCGCCCCCCGCACUUCCACCGCCAAGCCCGCCCCCGGCACCAGCCCCAAGCCCGCCCCCGGCACCAGCCCCAAGCCCGCCCCCGCCACCACCCCCAAGAACUCGGCGUCCGGGCUGCUGGCGCCGUGGUCCAUCGUCAUCCUGGCCAUCGCCACUCUAGCCAGAGCGUAAAUCGGACCUCUGUUCUCUUAAUUUAUUUCAAUGUGAAGUUCUAACUCGAUAGAAGUAAAGAAGUCAGUAACAGAAAGUCAGUAAAAGAAGUCACCGGCACUGCGUGUAUGGUUCGAUAUGAUUCUUCGAUGGACUAAGGUUUCCCUUUACUUUUAUCGGAAGGACUGCCUAGCUUGAGUCUCUAAAUGUUCCUAUUUCAUCGUUUUAAUGACAUCGUGUACAUAGCAAAAUAAAUAUAAUUUUUACCGAAAAAA